AUGGGUCUAGUACUUACUCUGUUCGCCACCCUGGGAUCUUGCUACUCCAAAUUCGCCCGUCCUCCAGAGUGGGACUCAGAACAAGAUGCCGAUGGAGACAUGUUACUCAACCAACACUACAACACGGGAGAUAAGAUUCCGAUUCUCUACGAGACAAAUUUGAAAAACACCGAACUCUGGAUUUGGCAAGUUCUGGACGACUACAAAGCUGGUACUCAGUUAGAAAUAACAGAUAAUUAUUGGCAGGCUCAGUACGAUAUUGCAGGGGCACUGAGCAACAAUGAGGACGCUGUUUACUAUUUCGACUUAUAUGAGCCUGACGAUGAGUCUCAACUGGCCAAAUCCCAAUAUGUCAAUGUGAGCGCGCCGAGGAGAGACAAGACUGAAACUGUCACGGUAUCAGUAUCGAUGUCCAAGACUUUGACAUUCUCGACGCAAGUAUCUACACUGCAAACAUCGACAACUUUAUCUAGUGAUAGCAAUGCUGCACCGACCGAUCCACCCUCAAGCGAUGAAACCGAUUCAUCGUCAGAAACAAAGUCGGGCGCUGGACUAUCUUCGGCAGCGAUUGGAGGCGUGGCCGCUGGUGCAACGAUCGGUGGACUUUUGAUCUUUGGGGGCAUUGGAUGGCUGGCUUGGAGGAGGCUUGCGAGAAAGAAGCAAGAUAGACCAAUUUCUGAACUUCCUGCUGAUCUUCCUCAACAGCAUCAGCCUGAUCCUUCUCAGACCAAAGCUGAGCUGACAGGAGACAUUGGCACAUAUCUUCCAGGCUAUGCAAGAAGCCCCUCAGGGAUCCACGAAGCACCAUAA